AGAUUCGGUGAACAAACACACGGUAACACUCUAGUGGCACAGGCCAAACCGUCCAAGACGUCAUACUUCUUUCACAGUAAUUCCUCUUCGUCCUCCCCUCCCCCUUUCCAGCCAGUAGUACCAAACGACCACCGCCCCCUUCCCUUCUCCUCCAAGCAAGCCGCCCGCCCCGACAGGGCAAAACCCUAGCCCUGCGAUGUCCGGCUCCGGCGCCCCCUCGGGCCGUGGCUCCGGCGGCGGAGGCUCCCGCGGCUUCGACUUCGGCACCGACGACGUACUCUGCUCCUACGACAACUUCGCCACCCCCUCCGAGCCCAAGCGCCCCGAUCCGGCCGACAAGGAUUUUCAUGACAGCAGAUUGGGGAGACCAUUUGUGAAAGUUUCUGAACAAGAAAGUUAUGGCAAGGAGGAUGUACUUUCUGCUGUUGAGAAGUGCAUGAAAAAGUAUGCUGAUAAUUUGCUACGAUCUCUUGAGGGAAUCACUAGUCGGCUUUCACAACUGGAGAUUUAUUGCUAUAAGCUUGAGAGGUCCAUAGGUGAACUUCGAAGCGAUGUGCUUCGUGAUGAGACUGAUCAAAGAUUGAAGUCUCUUGAGAAGCAUCUACAUGAAGUGCACAGGUCUAUCCAAAUUCUUAGGGACAAACAAGAGUUAGCUGAAACUCAGAAGGAAUUGGCCAAAUUUCAACUUACACAAGAUACAUCAAAGAAGGAAGAUUUGCCAGCACCAUCUCUUCCUGAGCCAAAGAAGCGUGCAGAAAAGCCAGAUACAUCAGGCCAACAAUUGGCCAUUGUUUUGCCUCAACAGAUGAACUCGCAAUCACUUGCACCUAGAGCUUCUGAAUCAGUCCAACAGAACAAGGAUCAACCUGUGCAACAGCCAGCCCCUACCCCUCCUGUGCCACAGCAGGACCGCUAUGUUCUUAGCCAAGCCAUCGUCUACUAUCCACAGCGCCAAGCCCCAGGUAUCCAGGACGCGCAGGGGCAGCAAUUGCAACCAGUGCAGUACUUACGAGCAGGACCCCCAACUCAAGAUGUUCUGGUCCAUGCUUCAUCCCAACAGCCUCAGGCCGCAAAUCGAACUCAGCCGCAGUCUUAUCCUCCUUACCAGCAGCAGUGGCACCAGCAAUCAUCCCAGCCGACUCCUGCACCAGUGGUCCAGCCACAGCAGACUUUCUCAGAGCCAUUUCCUCCACCUGCCCAGCAGCCCCAACUAUCCAAUGUUCAGCAGUUUCCUCCACAGCCAGUGCAGCAGGCCCAAUCCAAUGCUCAACAGUAUCCUGCACCAUCUGUGCAACCACAGCAAUCUAAUCCUCAGCAUCCUCCUCAGGUAAUGCAACCCCAACAUCCUCCUGUGCAAACUCAGAUGAGACCUCAAACUCCACCAAACUACCCUCAUUAUCCACCCCAGCAGCCCUUGAACCCUGCCCCUGAAACUAUGCCUGGCAAUGUGGCUAUGCAAGGACAAUACAACACUGUUGCUGCAUCAGGUGGGAGCCGUUCUGAAGUGCCGUACUCAUACAGAGGACCUGGCAUCUCUCAGCCUCCACCGCAACACAGCAUGCAAAGGCACCAACUACCACCUUCAAGUCAGGGCUCCUUUGGGCCACCUCCAAGCAAAGGGUCCUAUGCCGGCCCUCCACAAUAUGCGCCACAGGGCAAUUUGCAAGGCUACAACACGGGUUACGGCUACCCACCGAGCGGCCCUUCAGCAAUCCAGCCACCACCGAUGCCCCCAGGUAGUGUUGGCAUGAACCAUCCAGGGUCGCAUAUGAUGCGUGGCCAUCCUUACGGAGAAAUGAUCGAGAAGGCAAUCUCCAUGGGAUAUCCAAGGGACCAAGUGCUGAAUGUGACACAGAGGAUGGCCGAGAGCGGCCAGCCAAUAGAUUUCAAUGCACUACUUGAUAGGCUGAACGAAGCAGGGUCCGCCGGUGCUUCCCCUCGCGCGUGGUGAUUUGAUCCAGGUUGGGCAUCGUGCUCGGUCGACUGUUGUGACUUAUGACCGUUAUCACGCAGCUAAAUAAAUAAGAUUUGAGCUGAUGCCGUGUGUCGCUUGUCAGGACGAUGUACAUAUAUAAUUGGACUCGAGUUUCAUGUAAUUGCUGGGGCACGUGUACUACGAACGUAUCAUGUCGAUUGGACUAUUCAGAUCUAUUCUAAAGCAAAUUAUUGCCAA